GGCGCCAGAGACCGGCUCACUCGACGUGGUGGCCGUGCUGGGCUGGUGCACGUUCCCGGGCUGCGCGGCGGACUUCCUGUCCUGGGAGCGCUUCGUGGCACACUGCCAGUCCCGCCACGACUCCUCCUUGUGUCCGCUCUGCCUGCAGGUCCACACCGAGGCACACGGACCGCAAGACUUGAAGUGCGCGUGGUGCCCGGCGCUGUUCACAAGUAGUUCUUGUUUGUCUGUCCACAUGGGUCGCUUCCAUCGCGUGCAGGAUGCAGCGCAGCCUUCGAGCCUCCGGCCGCCCGUCCGCACGGAUGACUCGAGUAAGGUCUCUGGGUCGACCUCUGGGACGACGUCGGACACGGCCUCUGGAACGGCCCCUGGAACGGCCCCUGGAAUGGCCUCAGGAACGGCCUCUGGAAUGGCCUCUGGAACGGCCUCUGGAACAGGCCCUGGAACGGCCUCUGGAAUGGCCUCAGGAACGGCCUCUGGAACAGUCCCUGGAACGGCCUCUGGAACAGCCUCUGGAACGGCUCCUGGAACGACCUCUGAGACGACCUUUGAGACGUCCUCGUCAGACACGGCCUCGCGCACGGCCACGGAGACGACCUCAAGCACGACGAUCGGCUGGUGCACCUUCGCGCUCUGCGAGGAACCGUUUUCGUCUUGGGGCGACCACGUCAGCCACCAGAAGACGGGCCACUACGGUAUCAGUGCGUCGCAGAGUGACGCCGUGUGCUCCCUGUGUCUGGAGGUGUACCCGCUCGGCGGACUGCCUGCCCACCUGGAGGCGCACAGCGUCGAGGACGAGGCCUGCUCGCUGUGCUCCGCCCGGUUCCUCGGGGACGCCUCGGACCACUACAGGGACUUCCACCGCGUGGCGGCAAACGGUAACCACACCGCCCCGGCCCCCGCUCUCGCCGCCGCCCCUCGCAUCUCAGUCAAGAGCGACUUCAGCAUGGACCGCUUCGGGUCCCGCACCCCGCUUCUGCUGUCGGCCGCUCCACGUGCAGUCCAGCAGCAGCAGCAGGCGGCCGACGCUUCAGCGCCUGAAGGCGACCGUGUGGAGGCUGUGGACGACGCGCCGGCGGUGCUGGGAUGGUGCACUGCCCUGCGCUGCUCGGCCGAGUUCUCGUCGUGGGAGAGUUACGUGGCCCACUUCCGGGAACGCCACGACUCCUCCUUGUGCGCGCUCUGCCUCGAGUUCCACUCGGAGCCCCACGGAGACCUCGACUUGCAGUGCUCGAGAUGCCCCGCCCGCUUCCUGGACGGCACCCGGCUGCUGGUGCACAAGAGGCUCUUCCAUCGAGUGUCCGAACCGCCCGCAGUGGACCCCAGCCCGGCCUCCAGGCCUGUCGUAGGCUGGUGCACCGUUCCGUACUGCGGCAAGUCCUUUUACUCCUGGAGGGACCACGUGGCGCAUCAGGUCAGGAGUCAUCUGUCUCCCGCUCAGAGCCUGUCCAUGUGCUACAUGUGCCUGGCGCAGGACCGGGCCGGCGACCUGGUGGCCCACCUGGAGGCGCACCGCGUGGCGGACGUGGGCUGCUCGCUGUGCACGGCCCGCUUCCUCGGGGACCUCUCGGCCCACUACGAGGACUUCCACCACGCGACGCCGGACGGCCGCGUCCCGCCCGUGCUGGGCUGGUGCGUCUCGGACCGGUGCAACGCGUCGUUCAGCUCCUGGGAGGACCACGUGCAGCACUUCGUUCGCCACCACUGGAAGAUGGCGCCGUCCCUGGUGUGCCACUUCUGCCUGCGGACCUGCAGGGACGUCCACAAAACCAAAGCGCACGUCAAGGGCCACUUCUCGUGGACCAACGUGCACUUCAACUGCGCGAGGUGCUCGGCGCGGUUCUUCUCCGCCAAGACACGAGAGGAGCACAUGAGAGUGUUCCACUUGGAACCCUGAAGUUUGCGAGGACAGAAUGGGAACUAGACGUUCCUCUCCUCGUCUUGCCGCUCUGGCUUUGUAGAGUAGCAAGAAACGACUUUCUGUUGCCUUCUUUAUACCUGUUAAAUGCUCUCGUCUAAACAGUAACGUGUCGAUAAAACCCGAGGGCCGCACCGGUACUUUUAAAGCUCGUCUUUUGCCAGUUUUGUUUUUCCUAAACGGCAUGCGUUGCACGAAGUAACGUCCGAUAACAUCCCUGACAGCUCUUUUUAAGAGUUGCUAUCCCUCGUCAUCUCGCUCAACGCAAUCCAAUUAGAAAAUACGUAAGAAGGCUUAAAGAUGGUAAGCUUGAGAGUUGAGGUGCGGAGCCCAGAAACGGAGUUUCCGUUUCGUGCUGGGGACUCACAUCGUCACGUUCAGUUUCUCGAGUGCGAAACUCUGGUAAUAAAUUCGUUUGUUCUUUCGCGAUCUCUCUUUAUCACAAA